CGGAGACCUUGGAAACCGGGAGAGGCUGCGCGGUCCGCUUUUUACUCCUGUAGGGGAGCGCCAAAAGACCGGAAGCGGGCGGAAAGCGAAAACCGGAGAAACCGGAAGCGGGAAUGACGGGAAUGGCCCGCUGGAAAUCGAGGCUGAUGGUCACACGGAGGUCAUAAAUAUUUAUUGGCAGCAGUCUUCGGUUCAACGCAAUUCCCCCACGGAAUCCAAAAUGCCCCACAUAGAUAAUGACAUCAAACUGGACUUCAAGGAUGUCCUCCUGAGACCAAAAAGGAGUACGCUCAAAUCCCGGAGCGAGGUGGACCUCCUGAGAUCCUUCACCUUCCGUAACUCCAAGCAGACCUACACGGGGAUACCCAUCAUCGCGGCCAACAUGGACACCGUGGGGACCUUUGAGAUGGCCAAGGCCUUGUCCAAGUUCUCCCUCUUCACAGCCAUCCACAAGCACUGCGCUUUGCAGGAGUGGAAGGAAUUCGCAGCUCAGAAUCCGGAUUGUCUCCAGAACGUGGCAGCCAGCACCGGGACGUCCGAAUUGGAGCACUUGGAGCAAGUCCUGGAGGCCGUGCCACAGAUCCGCUACAUCUGCCUGGACGUGGCCAACGGUUACUCUGAGCAUUUCGUCCAGUUCUUGAGCGAUUUGCGGAAGAAGUUCCCUCAUCACACCAUCAUGGCCGGGAACGUCGUGACAGGAGAAAUGGUGGAGGAGCUCAUCCUGUCGGGAGCCGACAUCAUCAAAGUGGGCAUCGGACCAGGCUCCGUUUGUACCACCCGGAAGAAGACCGGAGUGGGUUACCCUCAACUCAGUGCCGUCAUGGAGUGCGCAGACGCGGCCCAUGGCCUCGGAGGACACAUCAUUUCGGACGGAGGCUGCCAAUGCCCAGGGGAUGUGGCCAAAGCUUUCGGCGCUGGUGCAGACUUUGUGAUGGUGGGGGGCAUGUUGGCGGGACACACCGAAUCCGGGGGGAACCUGAUUGAAAAAGAAGGCAAGCAAUACAAGCUUUUUUACGGCAUGAGCUCCGAGGUGUCCAUGAAGAAAUACGCCGGAGGGGUGGCCGAAUAUCGGGCAUCGGAAGGCAAGGUGGUGGAAGUGCCCUUCAAGGGGGACGUGGAGCACACCCUGAGGGACAUCCUGGGGGGCAUCCGCUCCACCUGUACCUACGUGGGGGCCGCCAAGCUGAAGGAGCUCAGCCGCAGGACCACGUUCAUCCGCGUCACCCAGCAAGUCAACCCCAUCUUUGGCGGGGAGGAUCAACCUUAGGAUUCAACCCUCCUCUCCCCCCCCCCCCCGCUCCCUUCCCCACCAGGUAGCCUCACCUGUGCCCAACCCCGCCCCUCCUCCAAUAACCCAGAUGCCAAUCAAAGCAGGGUGGCUUGAUUGGUUCUUCGGUGGUAGAGAAGCCCUCCAUCUCCUUUAGAUCGUCGGCUUAUUCCAAGCGCAGCAACUUUCUCGCACUUUUCCAUUCCGCGGAUGGCGGAAUUCCUGCCAAUAGCGCUGAUGCCGUUCCCUAGUCGGGUCGUGAAACGUCGGCAAGGAAAGCACCAAGCUCAGAGGGCACCAAGGAUCCCACGAUCCUCCUCCCACACUCCCUUCUAGCACUGAUGAUGUUCCCUAGUUGGGUUGUAAAACGUCGG